UUUGAUUUUGAAGGACAGAAGUUUCAGAGAGGUGGUGUUACGCUGCUGCCUUGAGUGGGAACAGUUGAAGUAACAGGUUCUUUUUCAGAAGAGGAUAGAAUUCGGUUGAGGAGAUGAAGCGCAAGCGGGGCUACAGGAAAGGGAAACAAAAGAAGCAUUCAGUGUCUUUGGUUGGUAGAAAUGAACAGGCCCUCAAUGCUGUUAGUGUAAACACUGAUAAUUCAGGUUUGGAUGAUAUAGAUGAUGCCCAGAUGGAUUCUGGAAUGGAAGUCGAAGCAUCGGUGUCUACAAGGCCCAAUUAUCUGGCCAAAAUUGAAAAUACAGACACUGAAGUGUUGAGCGAUAGGGAACCCACUGGGCAAUCGGGACGUAAUGUGUUGAGUGACAGGCCUACCGGGCAAUUGGGACAUGGGCGUGUUAAGGUGAAGCUCAAGUCUUCAAAAUUGUAUGAGUCUCAGCGUACUUCGUCGGAUGUGCAGACACAGAGUGAUACAGAUAAGAGUAGCCCGCAAGUGGGUUUGGGCAAACAGGUAGAAAUUACAGAAAAGAUGGAAGAUAGUGCCAACUCUUUGCCUGAAAUGAAAGUUGCCAGUUUAGAAAGAUCAUCCCGAAAAGCAGGAAGCAUAAAGAUCAAAUCAUCGAGGGGUUUAGGCUCUUCAAACAUAACUGUUAACCCAGGGAGUAGUCAGCUACGGAUGCAGGGUGAAAGGACCACCCAAACUGCAUCAGACAGUGAGAAGCCUUUGGAUUCAUCAACAUCUAGGGAAUCAUACCAAAGGGAACCAAAAUGCCCUUAUCAGGAUCCACGAUACAAUGAGCAAGAACUGAGUGCUGCUUUGGCGGUUAUCAAGAAAGUCAUGAAAAUGGAUGCAGCUGAGCCGUUUAAUGUUCCAGUGAAUCCUGUUGCCUUGGGAAUACCUGACUAUUUGGACAUCAUAGAGACCCCUAUGGAUUUUGGCACAAUAUGCAAUAAUCUUGAACGGGGUGAUAAGUACAUAAACUCAGAGGGUAUAUUUAGGGAUGUGCAGUAUAUUUGGGAUAACUGUUAUCGGUAUAACAACAAGGGUGAUUAUAUUUUGGACCUUAUGAAGCGGGUGAAAAAAAAUUUUACAAAGUACUGGAUGGCAGCUGGCUUGUACAGUGAUCAGUCAAAGAGAAUUAAUGCAGGAAGCAAUAGUGCUCGUGUCGAGAAUGUUGCUGUUUUCAAUCAAGAAAAUCUGCAUCUUAAAGGCAGUCACUUGAAACAAAAGACACGUAGACGUCAUGGAAUCAAUCGCCACAAAAGUGAUUGUCUGUGUGCUGUCUGCGUUGUAAGGCGUCGCAGGAAGGAGCGUGAGGGAAAUUCCCAAGUGAUUGAGAAUGAGAUUGGAAUAAGUGAUAGUAAUGUAUCACAAGAGUUGAAAAAUGAGGAAACCUCCCCCGUAGAUAAUCCUUGCAGCGAGGAUGCAUCAUCAAAUUUUGACGACUCAGUUGAGCAUGAUGUUGAUGCUGAUUUAGAAGAACAAGGAGAGGAAGUGAAACUGGAGACAGCCGAACAGCACAGUCCCAAACAGCAGGAAAUGUGUGGGAAUGAGAUGGACAUUGAGAAGAAUGAAGCGGGUGAAUCGUCAAAGUUAAGACAGGGCAAUGGAUCUGGGGAGGAACCUAAUGUGCAGUCUCAGGUGCCUGAAAUGGAGGAUCCAUGUGUUGUAAUCCAACCUGAUAAUGAGAAAGAUGACAUAUCAGUUCAGCUCAACAGUGAAGGCAAAGCUGUGCAGCAUCAGGAUCAGGAUCCUAUGCAACCAAAACGAGAGGAUUCACAAGACAGGCAUCGACACACUCAAAUAUUUGAUGAUGUUCUUCGUGAGAAUCCUUUGGUUUUGGAGUUAUGUGCUACACUUUUUCCUGACAAUUCUAGGUCUGUUUGGACUGGGUCUCAUUCUCUGGUCCGUCGCCGUAAUUCGAUUCACAGUGGUGCCAUUCAUGAGGCAAUGGCAAUGUUUAUGAAGUAGCUUAAGUUCUCAACUGACUGGCCAUGGCACAUGUCAAAAUGAUCAAGGGAAAGCAGUGCGGUGAUGUUUGA